AUGCAUGUGUUGAGUGUACUGCUUCUCGUGGCUGGAUUUGAAGCCACUUUUGCGACUGUUUGCCCAGUGGGCUCGCACCGAUAUGGAAAGGCUUGCUACUUUGUCAUCAAAGAACUAAAGAGUUGGUAUAAAGUACAACAAAUCUGUGCUGCUUCUCAUGCAAGCCUUGCAGUUCCCAACUCAUCGGAAGAACAGACAUUUAUAUGGGAACUACUCCAACGGGAGUUUUACCCUGAUGGUCUAGGUAAUGGAGCCUGGAUCGGCUGCAAUGACAUCAACCAGGAUGGUGUUUGGAACUGUCCUCUGAGAGGUGGUGAGACCAACGCGUACCAGAACUGGGGGGAAGGAAAUCCUAGCAACCAGUACAGCGGAGCUGAUUGUGCAUUGAUUGGUGACAGGGCAGGUGGCAUAUGGUGGAAUCAGUACUGUAAUAAUCACAGAUAUGCAACAUGUGAGCUUGCUAUCAUCGACUACGACCCUCUAUUCUGCCUUCAGAUCGGCUCCAGUGGUCGCAUCACCUCCCCGUGCCUCACUGAUAAUCAUGUCUUGAUGGAGUUACAGGCUCAGGGUCUGGUGUCUUGUGGCAAAGCCUGCCUCUCACAUCCGAAAUGUAGCUCCUUCAAUCUGAAGGACCAAGGCCAGGGCAAGAUGGUGUGCCAGCUGAAUGACCUUGCCCUUCAAAAUGCAGCUACCGAAGAUGUGGUGGAAAUGGAGAACUGCUACGGCCUGGAUCUGUAG